CGUGAAAACAUUAAGGAAACAUUUUAAAGAGUUGAUCAAGAUGACAGAUUCGAUGAAAUUUGGACCGGAAUGGUUACGCAAUAUGUCAGCGGAACCAUCUGUUGUCGUUGGUAGCGGCAACAGUAUGUCUGCUGUGGUAGGUAACAACUCUGGAGGCAACAAUGUCGGUGGUAUGAACAGCACAUCAGGACUAUCACUACAUAGUUCUGGCAGUGGCGGAGGAAAUCAAAGUCAUACGACUGCUGCGUCUCGUAAUUUGUUUCCUGAAUAUCGAUAUGGUCGUGAAGAAAUGCUAUCACUUUUCGAUCGAAAUUGUUUGUUACCGCAAAUAUUGCCAUCUUUUAAGAAGUUAUUCGUUGAGAAAGUGCAAUACCCGUUGGCAUUAACUCCCAGCUCCGAAGAGGAAAUGAUGAAUAGCCAAAACUCGCCCGGUAGCAGCACUCGACCUGCCUGGCUUCAGCGCUCAGCCAGUGGUUUCGGCAUAUCAUCGCGUGGAUCUUCUAUAAGGGUGGGAGCCACAAUCGGCGAUCGAGGUCGAAUGCGUGGUAAAUCUAGCUAUCAUUCGAUAUAUCAGAGGCCAAGCGCACUAUACGAUGAUAAUAGCUUGUCGACUACAGCCAUAAAGGCGGAUCGCAAUUGGAGUGAACGAAACGGUAUUGGAGAUUCAUCCGCUGUUGGUAAUCCAUCUAGUGGCGUGACUGGCAUAGAGUGGAACGGAACACCCUCUUCAAGUCCACGAAAAGAAUUUUCAAGCCAUAAUCGUAAUAUGGAAAAUUGGCGACGAAAUCGUAAUGAAGAUGGCUCAGGAGAUGCACCAACUUCUGGCAACUUAGUUGGCAUGGAAGUUGUAGGAUGGCGUAGUGGUGCCAACCAACAACGUUGGGGACGUUCGACCAGUUGGCGUGAAGAAGACGCAAUACAAAGUGGCAAUAUUGAUGGGUCUAGUUUUGUCGGGAGUACAGCCUCUAAUAUUCAACGAUCUAUUUCAACAAUCGGAACUAUAGGCACUGACCGUGCAAGUAACAAUACGAAGAUGCCAGGAUUUACAUCUAAUGUUGCUGGUGCAAUGCUAGUAGCUGUAAAUCGUCAAGUCGGCUCAUCUAAGGCUUGUCAGUCCCAGUGGUCAGGGAACAAUCUAAAAAGUAAUGUUGAUGGCGAUGACAACUUGCCGGAAUGGGCAAUGGAGAAUCCAUCUGAAAGGGGAACUUUCGAUGCUAGUGGUGCUUUUCACGGCGAGAGUACAGAAUUUUAUGAACAAAUAAAAAAAUGCAGUUCCAAGUAUUACAAUCCAACAAAAACCAACAACUUUAACAAAGAAGAAGCAAAACAGGAAAUACCACGAGAAUCAACAUCAACGCAUAAAACUGUAUCUUCCAAUCUUGCCGAUAUUUCCGAACGCUUUCAGGAAGUGGCCAACGAGGUGGAGAAACUUAUCAAUGAUGAUGGUGGUGAGGCUGCUUCAAUCGUAUUAAAGCCAUCGACUACGCCGAGCAGUGGCAUCAGUACUAAUACCAGAUACGAAAUGCCAAACCAGAUAAAUGUUGUAGUUGAUGAGGGACAUCAACAAUUGCAGCACCCGGAAGCUGCAACGAAAGCAAUGCUUAACGAAUGUUUGUCAUCACAUAAAACUUUGCCUUUCGUAGAACAGUUGGCGAUGCAGCAUCAUCUUCAACAGCAUCAUCUAUCGUCAGUACUACCACCACAUCUAAUUAAUGUAAAUCCAAAUGAUUUAUGGUUUUACCGAGAUCCCCAAUCAAAUGUUCAGGGUCCUUUUAGUGCGAUAGAGAUGACGGAAUGGUAUCGCGCCGGUUAUUUCAACGAAAAUCUUUUUGUACGUCGUUUUGCAGACAGCCGUUUCAGGGCUUUGGGUGACCUCAUCAAGCUAUGUCAAGGCAACAUGCCAUUUACGCAUAGCCAUCUGCUGCCAACUCCAAUUGACUUAGAUAAUCUACAAAUUGCAUUGACGUCACGUAAGCCGGCAACGGCUUUAAAUCUGCUCUUUUCAUUAGGCGAACAGCAACAUCACCGUGGUGAUGAACUCGAAUUAAAGGCUAGUGUAACAGCAGCUGCUAACUCGUUAAGUGCUGCUAUAAAGGGUCUUAACAUCAACGUAAGCCCCAAUGCACAUAGUGUGGAUACAUCGCACAUGCUGACUAUGCGAUUUCAAAUGCUACAGGAUCAGUAUUUGCAACAUCAGGAAUAUCAAAUCCUCUCGGAGCUAUCGAAAAAUGAAUGCUUCCAAAACCUUGAUGCUGGGCAACGCGAAGCUAUUGUACGGAGCAAGGUACAGAUGUUGGUGCUACCUGAGUACUUAAGUAGUUUCAGUGGCUUAAGUAAUUCGCUGGCUGCUCUUAAUCCUAUAGCUGGCAAUCAAUUGUAUGACGCAAUUGCCCAACAAGCCAAGAAGGAUCAACAGCAGCACCAACAAAUAAUUUUCUCCAAUAAUGUUGAUCAACGUCCGUUUCUGGAUGCAAAUGAUUUUAUAUUGAAUGCUCAAUUAAUGCAUCAGCAACAAACUCAAGAACAACAAAAAGUCACAUCCGAUCAACAGGAGGCCACAAAUAAGGUAAAUGAAUUACCCAGUGCCGAUAUCGACUUGUUGAACGAAUAUAAUUUGCGAAUGCUAUUACGUGGUCCAGCAAACACUACAAAUAGUCAGCAGACACUUUCUUCAGUUGCGAAACCAAAUACAGGUGUUGAUUUCAUGUCCAAUGAAUCACAAUUGCUGGCAUCGCAAAACAUCAUAAUGCCUAUGUGGCCACAGCAGAAUCAACAAUGGCCUGCUAUGCAUAAAAAUACAAAAGUCACUUUGUGGGAUGUUGCCACUUUAGAGGAGGAGCAAAAUCAACAAUUGCUUCAACAGCAACAACUAAAUGCUGCUUCCGAUUGCAAUGUAAACACUACUGUUAAUUUAGAAUUUGAAGCACCACCGCAUCAUGUCAAUCAUCAGUUAAAAUUGGAUGCCGAGCUUGAGGUUACUGUCAAUCAAAAUGAAAAACGAACUCAACAGAAGACAGUGUCUCUCAUAUCAGAGGAAAACAUUCCAAAUCGAAAGGAUCAAGAAACUACAAGACAACUUCAGCUAAAUGAAUCAAAUUUCAAACAAUCCUCCAGUAAACAGGAACAGGCAGUUAGUAAAUCACAACUGGAGGGAAAAAUUUCAGAUGUUAAGAUAAACGAAGAUGAUCGCCGUAGGGAACAGACCGAAGAAAAGAAACGUCUUAAGGAAGAGCGGAAGCGCCAACAACAAGAAGAUGACAAACGACGUGCCAUCCUAGCGGAAGAAGAAAAUCGACAACAACAGGAGGAAAAGGAACGUCAGCAACAAAUUCAAGCUCAACGUCGCAAGGCUUUACUUGGAAAUUCUCAAGCUACAGCAGCUAUUGUGCCAGCCACAUAUACAACUGGCUCAGGUCAGAAAUCGAGCAGUGGCGCUAGAAUAGAUCACUCAGCAUCACGUCCACAAACUAGUUCAAUGGCUCCUUGGUCCUUGCAAUCGUCAAGUAUAAAUACGGUUGCCCCAGGAUUGGCCGAGAUUCAAAAGGCAGAAAGGCGCGAGCGUCGUGCUGAUCUUCAGCGUCAACAAGAACAGCUAGAUAAGCAAAUUCGAGCUAACGCUGCUGCAGCAGCUGAAGCGAAUGAUGCACUCCUUAAGUGGCAAGCCUCACCGGCACCCGCACAAGUCAUGAACUUAGUUGAUAUUCAAGCUGAGGAAGCCAAGCGUCUCGCCAAUGAAUUAGUUGAGCAGCAACGACGCCAUCGAGAGCACGAACAACAUCACCAUGGGGCUGGCCUAUCAACAAACAACAUAGGUGUGCCUGGAGCUUUGUCUAAUAUCUGGGGCAGUGCUAAUAAAGCAUGGAGCGGUGGGUCGGUAAUAACUAACCCAAGCUCAACUGCAACUAGCAACGUUGCCUUGUGGGACGAUAUAACAGUUUCUUCAAUCGCAUCGAAAAGUGUGACCUUGAGUACAUCUGGCACUUCUGCGCUCGGUACUGCUCAUCAAACAACUCACAAGCCGCAGCAUAUCCAAUCGCAGUCAAAGAAUUCGGCUGUCUUACCUAGCACGCCUCGUAAUUUACGCAAAAGUCAAACGCUGCCAGUCAUGCAGCCUCAUAAUAUAAUAUCAAAGAAUUAAGGCUCAGGUACAUCAGAUGGAAAAACCAAGAUCAAACCAACAAAUAAAGCAUCGUCAUCUGGAAAUGAGGACAAAAAGUUGAAUUCUAAAAGUCAACAGCAUAGUAGCAGUGAUAGCGGUUUAUCUCUAAACAAAUCAAUAAUCAGUGAUUACGAAAACGAGUUCACUAUUUGGUGCAUGAAGAGUUUGGACAAUAUGUCCGCCAAAGUGGAUGUACCUACAUUUGUAACAUUUUUGCAAGACCUUGAAGCACCAUAUGAAGUCAAGGAUUAUGUUCGUAUUUAUUUAGGUGAAGGCAAGGAUUCCAGUGAUUUUGUGAAACAGUUUUUGGAGCGACGUAGCAAGUAUAAGAGCUUGCAGCGUGCACAAAAUGCACAUAAUGAUGAUAUGUGCAAACCGGCACCGGCUAUAACUCCAAGCAAUGACAAUAGCGAUAACAAGAACAAACAGAAGAAGAUAAAGAAAAGUAAGAUGACAAAAAUGGAUGCACGUAUUCUCGGAUUCUCUGUAACUGCCGCUGAAGGUCGUAUUAAUGUGGGAAGUCGCGAUUAUGUUGAUGGACCAUAACCCAGAAAUACCCUUAAACACAACAUUUGGAUAUUUUAAAAGCAGUUAAUUAUAAUGAAUAUAAAUUGAAAUGCAGAAUACUAUUGAAUGUGGCAAUAAAUCUGUUAUAAAUAAACGCAUACACUGUAUGCAUACA